AUGAUGAUGACGAGCCGUCUGCUGUGCGCCCUGUUGGUGCUUGCCCUGUGCUGCUGCCCGUCCGUGUGCGCGUCAGAGGAUGAGCCUGAAGCUGCCGCUUCUUCCCCGACGACCACGGAGAGCACAACUCCGGCAUCACCCUCGACACUUGCUCAGAAAGGUAAUGUGUCGGGCGCGGAACGUGGAAAUACUGCAGGAACGGGAGGUGGUACGACCGAUCCGGAACCGAAAUCAAGUGAUACUCUCAAUAAGGUACAAGAAGAAAGUACGGAAGAAAACUCAGGGAAAAAAAGUGUCACGACAACAUCCACAGAACAAGCAAUUAAGAAUGUCGAUGAUUCCACCGAGACAACCACGACGACGACCACAACAAAACCACCAACCACGACGACCACGACGACAACAAAAUCACCAACCACGACGACCACGACCACUGCGCCAGAGGCACCAAGCACUACGACUACAGAGGCGCCGGCUGUGUCGACCACCCGCGCACCGUCACGUCUUCGCGAAAUGGACGGCAGCCUCAGCAGCUCUGCGUGGGUGUUUGCCCCGCUGGUGCUCGCCGCAUCCGCGCUGGCGUACACCGCUCUGGGCUGA